AUGUUCUUGUUUAUUAUACUAACUAUAUCGCGUAUAGUCUAUUGUAAUAAAAUUGGCAUUUUCCUAACAGACUCUCCUUCUACUGCUUCAAAACUCUGUCACUUUAAGCACAGAGUCGGAGGUGACAUCGUAUGGGAAGAAGUUCUCAUUGGAGAUUUGAAGUUAAAUGAUGGUGGUCGUAUCUUAUAUGACCUCGCAAUUUUGGCAAUAGACCAUCUUACAGGUGACAAGGUGUAA